CUUACAGAAUCUGAGUGUAGUGAAUGCCGACUGCUACCAUCUGUUUCUACAGUAUUUCCAAUGGUAGCUGUAUGUGCAAAAAAUAUCGUAUUAGCUAUACUAUGCAAUCUAUUCAAAUUCAAUUGUUGUAAAAUUGGGAGAGGAGGCUGUUUAUAGAGGGCAGUAUGCCCCUUGCUGGCAACAGAUGGUACAUAGUUAUGAGUCUAUACUAAGGCCUGGUCUACACUGGGGGCGGGGGUCGAACUAAGGGCAGAACCGAAGCAGGGAUCUAAGCCCUGCCCCUGCCCAUUGCUCUCAGCCUGCUGUACAGGGCACACAGCUGUGUGCAGGGGGGUAGGAAGGUGGGGACAGCCCAGACAGCAUUAACCUCUUCACCCCCACUGCCAGAGCAUGGCCCCAGCACAUGCAAUGAGGUGCCAGGUGACUACUUGAGCUGCCCCUGCAGGACAGAGCCGCGCCCCUCGUGGCAGGCGGCAGCCAGUGAGGAACAGCUACGCCCACUGCUGAUGCAAAGCCCUCCCCCUCUCACGCCCGCACAGACGGGAUCAUGGCCAAUGCCGUCGCCUGCCCCGUUGUCAGGAAGCCAGUGCCCAGUGGGGAGAGCGAUGUCUGUCUCCUGUUCUUAGCUGCAGGCCACAAGAGCCCUGUAUGUGAUCCUCCAGGAGCAGGCCUGCAGGCAGAAGGUGAAAGAGCUCUUCCCUCAGCUCUACAUCGCUCUGCUCUUCCACAUCACCUACACAGUGCAGCACACUGCUUCGCAGGAGAGGGAGCAUAUCCAGGAGGACAUGCCCACACCCCUCAGCCCCAUCAGGUUCGUGGUGAAGGCCAUGAAAGCCUUGCUUCGAUGCGCUGGCUACAAGGAGCAGGUCACCUUCAUCAUGAAGCAGGGCGGCUGGGACCUGCUCAUGAGCUCCGAAACGCACCACAAAGGCGUCUGCCUGCUUGCCCGCUCCUCCAGUGCCCUGACCUCAGCAAUGAGCUGGAAGACGCCAUCGUGGAGGAGAUGAGCAGGCAGCUGAGAGACCCCAAGACCGUGGUGCGCUGGUUAGCGCUCAAAGGCCUCCUCAAUCUGGCCCUUCGCCCAGAGAAGGUGGGGAAACUCCAGCGUCUGCUGCCAGAUGUCCUGGAGCGACUCCAGGAGGUAGACAGAGACAUCAUCAGCAAGGCCAUCGCCGUGCUGAAACACCUCCUCGCCGGCAUGGACAGGCAGAGCGCCAGCCGCGCGGCUGUGCAAGUGGCUGAGCAACUCCUGCCGUUGUUUGAUGAUGUGUCCAGCAAGCUCCGGGUGCUCUCCAUCACCCUUUAUAAAGACCUGCUGGAGCCUGUAAGGGGGCCCAACCGGAGGCAGAUGAAGGAGCAUGUGCUCCAGAGCCUGAUCCCACUGCUCCUCCUUGUGCAUGAUGAGCGUCCCAACGUGUCCCAGGUGUGUUGGGACACCCUCAGCAGUGCCGCCCAAUUCCUGAGAUGGCACCAGCUCAGUGGCCUCAUCCAGCACAAGGAAACCUGGCAAAGCUGUGACUGCCUGGUGAGGGAGCCCUCUGGCCAUUCACUGCACAGCCCUCGCUGGCAGAAGUGGAGGAAUCAGUGAAUAGGGCACCCCCUAUUGCCUGGCUCUGUGCCCACACUGAGCCCUAGCCCCGGGACCACAACUGGCAUUGCUGCGGAGAUGUUGAGGAUGCUGACGUCCCACCCCGAGACCACGGGAAAGGUCCUACGGGAGCUGCUCAACAGGCUGCGGGAGCAGCCUCUGUGUCAGCAUCAUGACAUCUCUCAGAGAGAGGCUGGCAUUGCCCCCUUGGCCGGCCUGCUCUCUGGGCCGAUCAUGAUGGAACACUUUGGCUACGGGACCGAGUCUCAGUACAAGUGGGGAAACUCCAGGAGGUAGACAGAGACCUCAUCACCAAGGCCAUUGCCGUGCUAAAACACCUCCUCACCGGCAUGGACAGGCAGAGCGCCAGCCGCGCGGCUGUGCAAGUGGCUGAGCAACUCCUGCCAUUGUUUAAUGAUGUGUCCAGCAAGCUCCAGGUGCUCUCCAUCACUCUCUUUAAAGACCUGCUGGAGCUUGUAAGGGGGCCCAACCGGAGGCAGAUGAAGGAGCAUGUGCUCCAGAGCCUGAUCCCACUGCUCCUCCUUGUGCAUGAUGAGCGUCCCAACGUAUCCCAGACCUCAAAGGCUUGCAGCAGGACAGCAAGUCCACAGUCUGAUGCCUGGCUUCUCAGACCAUCUUCAUCCUGGAGGCCUUCAAGAUCCAGCCUCCAGCCUGCUGCAGCCUAUGGACAUUUGUCCAUAGGAUGACCACA